GCCUCAUCCUCAGAAGUGAGGAUUCUGGGAAUUCCUCAAGCUGGAUCUGGGCUUCGGUGCUCAUCGCAGAUUUGGAGUGUGAAGAGGUGAAGGAGACCAUGCAGGGCCUGAGGCACAGCAAGGAGGAGCUGAACAGGCUGAACCAGGCCAUCCAGCAGCUGACCGUGGAGGUGGACAGUGCAAAGAGACAGUCUAAGAGUGGGACCGGGGGACAGCAGAGUGGCGAUGGGUCCAGCAAGCUAGCGCAAGCGAAGGACCUGCCAGCCCUUCAGGAGGAGGAGGGGACCUCAGACAAUGCCAAGGGCAAGCUGGCCUGGCUGGAGGCUGCCCUGCAGCGGGCCAAGCAGGACAUGGUGAGGCAGCUGCGUGAGUACCAGGAUCUGAUGAUAGUGAAGCUCGGCCUGGACUUUGAGAUCGCCACCUACCGCAAGCUGCUGGAGGAUGAGGAGAGCAGGCUUGGUCUGGGAUUCGGGGCCCGGAGCAUCACCCAGGGCGGGGCUCCCCCCGCCGCGCCCGCCGCGGAGCCCGCGGGCCCGGACACGAGCGCCCCUGGCGGCGGCGGCGCGCACUGCGGCCCCCCGGUCUGCGGCGCGGGCCUGGCUUGCAGCGAACCCCGCGAAUGCUGA